CUCGCCGCUACAAGAUGGCGUCCUGGGUCGCGUCGCUCCUCCUCGUGCUGGGCGCAGCCGGCCCUUCACUGCAGGCCGCCGUGAACGUGACCUUGUACUACGAGAGCCUGUGUCCGGACAGCAUCCGCUUCGUGAAGCAGCAGCUGUACCCCGCGUGGAAGAGCCUGAGCCCGGAGUGUCUGCGCGUCGACUUCGUGCCCUACGGCAAGGCCUCGCAAGAGCGGCUCGCCGACGGCCACUGGAGCUUCAGCUGCCAGCACGGGCCGCGCGAGUGCCUGGGUAACAAGCAGCAGGCGUGCGCGCUGCACGCCCUGCGCGACCUGCCCGCGCUGCAGGUGGAGUUCGUGCACUGCUUCAUGGCGGCGGCCGACCCGCCGUCCUCCGGGGCGCAGUGUGCGAAAACCCUAAACAUCACCUACAGUGAGAUCGAGAAGUGCAGUUCCAGUCAGCAAGGCGAAGAUCUCUUGGCUGCGCUGGGAGACAAGACGAAGAAGUUCAACCCCGAACUUUCGUGGGUUCCAACUCCAGCGUUCAACAACGUGUACGACGCUGAAGACCUCCAGGAGUCGAUGACGGACUUCCUGUCCGCGGUGUGCAAGCGCCUGGACUCUCCGAAGCCGGCCGCCUGCUCCGAGCACCUCGAGGCGGAGCAGAGCGUCGAGUGAUCCGGCUGCGUCGUCGUGGAAGACCGCAUCCGCACUCAAACACCCUUUUUCUGUAAAUAAAUAUCACCUAGAUACAUA